AUGAUGCACCCGGCGCGACAAGCAUAUGUGGCCGAGGCCCUCCCCCCGGUGGGCAUCGCCCUCGAGGACCUCCCCAGUGACCAUGACUACGACAUCCCGAUGGAUGCGGCGGGCGCUUCCUCGGAGAAAGCGUCGGCGGUCCUAAGUCAGUUCAAUCGCAAGCGGUUGGCUGCCAAGAUCGCCGUUCCCACCGACGAUGGCCGAGUCCGCGCGAAGCUGAGGGAGAUGGGCGAGCCGGUGACCAUCUUUGGCGAGGGUCCGGCCGAGAGGCGUGACCGUCUCCGCGAGCUCAUGGCCAUCCAGGCGGAGCUCGCAGGCCUCGAGAGCGGCGACGUCGCCAUGGAAGACGCCCCGGACGAGGACGGGGCUGAGGAGCAGGAGGAAGAGUUCUAUUCCAGAGGUGGCAACGAUCUGCUGCAGGCUCGGAUAAGCAUCGCCCAGUUCUCGCUACCGCGGGCGAAGCAACGAACAGCCUUUCUGAGAGCAGAAUCCGCCAUCCCGCUCAGGACGCAGGUCAAGCACCGAAAGAACAUCAAGGAGAGGCUGCAGGCCUUUGAGCUCCAGGGCAGCCAAACCGUCGGCGAGCGGCACAUCAGCAUGACGAGAAUAUCGCCCAACAGCGACUUGAUCGCCGUCGGCAACUGGGGCGGUCAAAUCAAGCUGAUCGAGUUGCCGACGUUGAAGGAAAGGAUGGCCUAUCGAGGCCACACCAACAAGAUAAGCGGCAUUUCCUGGUUCCCCGGAGCGACGCUGCCCCAAGGGAACGUCUCGCCGGACUCGCUCAACCUCGCAUCCGGCGGCGCCGAGGGCCUCGUGCAGCUCUGGUCCCUGAACAAGGACACGCCCCUGUCGACGCUGCACGGCCACUCGCAGAGAGUCUGCCGAGUCGAGUUCCAUCCUUCCGGGAGAUUCCUGGCCUCUGCCUCCGAGGACACGUCCUGGCGUCUCUGGGAUGUCGAGACGACGACGGAAGUGCUUCUGCAGGAGGGCCACUCGAGAGGUGUCUACGCCGUGAGCUUCAACACCGACGGGUCUCUGCUGGCCAGCGCCGGACUCGACAGCAUUGGGAGGGUUUGGGACUUGAGGUCGGGCCGAACCGUCAUGAUCCUCGACGGCCAUCUGGAUGGCCACAUCAAGCCAAUACACGCUCUAGACUGGAGCUCAGACGGCCAUCGCGUCCUCUCCGGGUCAGCCGACGGAUGGAUCAAGUGCUGGGACGUCCGGAAGGUGCAAAGGACCGGAGGCAUCGGCGCGCACAGCAGCGCCGUGUCGGACAUGCGGUGGUUCAAGGGCCUGGACGACCCGCUCGACGGAACGCCGCCGGCGCCGGAUGAAAAGGGCGCAAGGGUCCCCAUAAAGUCGGGCACAUUCUUCGUCUCGAGCGGGUUCGACAAAAACGUCAAAAUAUUCUCGGCCGACGACUGGACUUUGGUGCAGACCCUGAGCGGGCACACGGGUCCAGUCGCCAGUGUGGAUUGCAGCCGAAACGGCCGAUGGAUUGUCAGCGGUGGCCAUGAUCGGACGGUGAAGCUAUGGGGGCGCAACGACGGCGAUGCGCUGUGA